AUGGGCAGCAGCGGUGCCAGGCUUGCGCUGCUGACGCUGUCACUGCUCCUUCAGCCCACGGCCCAGUUCUGGCUCUUCAACGUCCUCUUUCCACCCACCACCACCCCAGAAGCUCCCCCCACCAACAGCACGCCGCCCGUGGUACUCGUGCCCGGGUGCCUUGGGAACCAGCUGGAAGCCAAGCUGGACAAGCCAGACGUGGUGAAUUGGAUGUGCUACCGUAAAACAGAGGACUACUUCACCAUCUGGCUCAACCUCAACACCUUCCUGCCAGUGGGAGUGGACUGCUGGAUCGAUAACACCAGGGUGGUGUACAACAGAACCUCUCGGAAGAUGACCAACGCCCCGGGGGUGCAGAUCCGUGUGCCUGGCUUUGGGAAGACCUACUCUGUGGAAUACUUGGAUCAGAGCAAGCUGGCAGGUUACCUGCACACCCUGGUGCAGAACCUGGUGAACAACGGCUACGUGAGGGACCGGACGGUGCGGGCAGCCCCCUACGACUGGAGGGUUGGGCCCCAGGAGCAGCCUGAGUACUUCCAGAAGCUGAAGGCCCUGAUUGAGGAGAUGCACAAUGAGUACCAGCGCCGUGUCUUCCUCAUUGCACACAGCAUGGGCAACCUGAACGUCCUCUACUUCCUGCUGCAGCAGCCCCAGGCUUGGAAAGAUCACUACAUUGGGGGCUUCAUCUCCCUGGGUGCCCCCUGGGGAGGGGCUGUCAAGCCCCUGCGUGUCCUGGCAUCGGGGGACAACCAGGGCAUCCCACUCAUGUCCAACAUCAAGCUGCGUGAAGAGCAGCGCAUGACCACCACCAGUCCCUGGAUGUUUCCAACAAGCUUGGCCUGGCCUGAGACCCAUGUCUUCAUCUCCACGCCCUCCUACAACUACACUUACCGGGACUACCGGCGCUUCUUCACUGAUGUCAACCUGGAGGACGGUUGGUACAUGUGGGAGGACAUGAAGGACUUGCUGAAGGGCUUGCCCCCUCCUGGGGUGGACACGUACUGCCUCUAUGGCACAGGCCACCCCACCGUGGAGACUUACAUCUAUGACGAGCGCUUCCCCUACGAGGACCCCGUGGACAUGAUCUACGGCGACGGGGACAACACCAUCAGCAGGCGCAGCCUGGAGCUGUGCAAGCGCUGGCGUGGGCAGCAGGAACAGAAGGUGCACGUCCAGGAGCUGCAAGGUGUUGACCACCUUAACAUGGUCUUCAGCAACCUGACGCUCAGUUCCAUCAAUGACAUCCUGCUGGGGAGCCCACAGGAGCCAGGGCAGCCAGCACAGGGGAGACCCAGCCUGAAGGCAAGGAAAGAGGGGAAGAUGCCACCUGUGCUGAAGGUUCUUAAGGAGCCCAAGAAGAACUGAAAGGCCUUCCAGCUUCCCUCCGUG